AUGCGUUCUCAUUGUGUUAUUUUGGGCCUGAUCGGUCUGAUCAGCGCCGUAUCUGCCGCACCACCACCACCUCCUCCUCCUCCUGGUCCUCCUGGUCCUCCUUCAAUUCCGCAAUCAGAACCUCAUCAUCAACCUCCUCCUCCCCCGCCUCAUCACUCGGUACGGCCGUGGUCUACGUUUGCCGAAAAUGUCAUCUUUCAGCCAGAUGACAAGCACAGUGUCCUCUACCCGCGUCAAGUCGAACUUUCAGAUGGGACUCUCCUCGCGACCACGUCAUACUCGGGAGACCAGCCGCCCUAUUUCCCCAUUUUCCGGAGCACUGACGGCGGUGCCACUUGGUCAUGGUUCUCCAAUCUCACGGAUCAAGUGAAUGGGCUCGGCAUGUCGGCCCAACCGGCCCUGGCGGAGUUGCCGUUUGCCGUAGGUGACUUCCCUGCCGGUACGGUGCUUGCCAGUGGGAACAGCUGGGGGAGUCACAGCACCAAUAUCGAUCUCUAUGCCAGCAAGGACAAGGGUCGGACCUGGAAGUUUGUGAGUAACGUGGCGCGCGGUAGUGGCCCGGACACCACCAACGGCAACCCCUGCAUAUGGGAACCCUUUAUCGAGUUCUUCAACCACACCGUGGGAGUCUUUUACUCGGACCAACGAGACCCACUUCAUGGGCAAAAGCUCGCUCAUCAGGAGUCGAUGGACUUGAAGUCUUGGGGGGCCGUGAUCGAUGAUGUUGCCUAUCUCAACUACACGGCUAGACCGGGCAUGACCGUCAUCACCUACAUUCCACCCAUCCAAAAAUGGAUUUUGGCACACGAAUUCCCCGGUGGGGAGAGCUGGAGUGGCGCGGGCUAUCCAGUCUACUACCGAAUGGCAGACAGUCCCUUCGACUUCCGCUUUGCGUAUGGGGUCCCCAUCAUGGUCAACGGGGUCCAGCCCAGUUCGUCGCCAUAUGUGGUGUGGUCUCCGGUCGGAGGUCCGAACGGAACCAUCAUCGUCAGCGAUGCGGAUCACAGUGGUGUUUUCACCAACCGAGCUAGCGGGCAGCCUGACCAGUGGGAACUGCACGACACGCCCCAGCCGCCGGCUUACAGUCGUAGUUUGCACGUCUUUUCUAAAAAUCCAGAUCACUUGAUGCUGCUCGGCGCCGGGGUGUUUGGAGGCGAGACGAAUCUGCCGCUCUACCUCAGCGUUGUGAGUGUCUCGGAGACCCUGAAGAAGCCCGGCCGGGAAUGA